AUGUCGGGUUACAUCGAGGACGCUGAGGGUUACGCCAAGAACACCAAGACGGCUGCUCCUGAGGAGAAUGGGUUACGCGCCAAGACCCAGUGUUACACAGCAACUGCUCCAACUUCCAAGUCUAACAUGGCAGGAUCCAAUUCGAGUGUUCAUGGUGGGAACCACGGAGAUGAAGAACCCCCUGUUGCACGGGCUGAGCUACGCCAAAUGGCCAACUCGAUCUUGGAGGCGAUGGAGAGGAUGUUCAACGAACGUCUUCCUGCAGCGGGUGGUCGAGGUCCACAACAUCAACAUGAAGACAAUCACCGUGAAGAAUUUGGUGAUGAAAAUUCUGGUUUUGGUGCUGGAUUUCAUGGCCGCGACGGCAAUGGUCGUGGUGGUCAUGGUGGAGGGCGUCGUGCUGAUUUUGAUCAGCGCGGUGGUGGACGGCGUGCUGAAUUUGAUUAUCAGCGUGGAGGAGGACGUGGACGUGAUCGUCGUGUACAUUUUAAUGAUGAAGAUGAAGUUCAUGAUGAGUAUGAGGAGGGAUUUGAUGAUAAUGAAAAUCCUUUUGGUCACCAUGGGCAUUUUGGACAGCCACAUGAACAUCGUCGUGGUGCUGGUCAUGAUGGGGAAAAUCAUCGUGGUCGUCGCAAUAGAGAUGAUCCGGAUAGCAUUGCUCGUGUAAAGUUAAGUGUCCCAAAAUUUUUAGGGAAAGAAAAUGCUGAUGCUUAUAUUGAAUGGGAGGAGCAAUGUGAUCAGAUUUUUAGAGUGCAUAAUCUUUCUGAUCAGAGGCGUGUCAACCUUGCUUUUGUUGAGUUUUCAGGUUACGCUCUCACAUGGUGGAACCAAGUUCAAGAAAAUCAACGUGUGUUGGGACGUGAUCAUAUCAACACAUGGGCUGAGAUGAAGAGAGUGAUGAGAAGACGCUUUGUGCCAUCAAGCUAUCAGCGUGACCUCCGCAAUAGGUUACAAACAUUGAGACAAGGAUCAAAAUCUGUUGAUGACUACUUCAAGGAGAUGGAGUUACUCUUGGUGAGAUCUGGAAUUAGAGAAGAUGAAGAGUCAAAAAUGGCAAGAUUUUUGAAUGGUCUCAAUGAAGAAAUUUCAGGUUUUGUUGAGAUGUUUCCAUAUCAUAAUUUGCAAGACCUUGUUGAUCAAGCGAUGCGCACCGAGAGGAAAAUUCAGCAAGAGGGACGAAGAAGGUCUUAUGGGAGCCAAUCAAUUUCAGCCCCAUGGCGUUGGCAGCAGCCCGGUACCUCUGUUGGUGGGGGAAGAUCACAAGGAGUUGCUGCUAGGCCUUCUCCAUCCAUUGGUGCUGCAAAGACAACGGUUUCUACUGCUUCUUCACCUGCAAUUCAGCAAGAACAACGACGUCCUGCUGCAAGUACAGCAACCCCUUCUGUUGCAUCAGCUGCUGCUUCUUCUUCCCAUACCCGAGGCAUUGUUUGUCACAAGUGCCAAGGUCGAGGACAUGUUGCUGCUCAAUGUCCUAGUCGAAGGACCAUGAUUAUGAAUGAGCAAGGUGAAUGGGAAUCUGAAAGCGAACCUGAGGAAGAAGCUCCAAUAUAUGAUGAAGAAAUUAUGCAAGAUGAAGGUGAUGAAAUUCAACCUGAUGAUGGAGACAAUAAUUGCUUCAUUUCUCGCCGAGUGCUUAGUGUUACUGCUGUCCAAGAAGAGAAUAAUCAGCGGCACAAUCUUUUUCACAACCGGGGCAUGAUCAAGGACAAGUUGUGUCGAAUCAUUGUUGACAAUGGCAGCUGCAAUAAUAUUGCAAGUCAAGAAUUAGUUGAAAGAUUGGGACUGAAACAGCGGCGCCACCCUUCUCCAUACAAGAUGCAAUGGUUAAAUGAUUGUGGUGUGCUGCGUGUAACAAACAUUGUGACCGUUCCCUUCUCCAUUGGGCGGUACAAUGAUCAUGUGGAGUGUGAUGUGGUUCCAAUGGAAGCAUGCCAAUUGCUGUUAGGAAGACCUUGGUUGUAUGACCGAGAUGCUCAGAUUUGCGGUCGCGCCAACAAGAUUGUUCUCAUGUACAAAGGAGAGCGCAUCACUUUGCUUCCUUUGUCACCGGAGGAGAUUGUAAGAGAUGAUCUGAAAAGAAAACAGCGAGCGAGCGAGAACCAUUUGCGAGUGACCCACAAACAUAGUGAAGGAGUGUUUCCAAAGCCAAAUAAAACUCCACAGCUGCAAAGAACUGAGCCAAAGGGAAAAGAGGGUUUAGUGAUGAUGGCUAGGAAGGGGGAUUUAAAAGAAUUGAGUGAACCCAAUGCUGUGUUCUAUGUACUCCUGUACAAGGACAAUUUUCUUGUCACUAACGACUUACCCUCUACUUUGCCUAGUGCUGUUUUUGAUGUGUUACAGGAAUAUGAAGAUGUGUUUCCUGAGGAAGUACCACCAGGGCUGCCACCAAAGAGAGGGAUUGAACAUCAAAUCGAUCUUGUUCCUGGUGCUCCACUUCCUAACCGUGCACCAUAUCGCACCAACCCGGAGGAAACAAAAGAAAUUCAGCGCCAAGUGCAGGAGCUCAUCAACAAAGAUAGCUCUUGGAGAAUGUGUGUUGAUUGCCGAGCCAUUAAUAACAUCACUAUAAGGUAUAGAUAUCCCAUACCUCGACUUGAUGAUAUGCUUGAUGAGCUUAGCGGUGCUAUCAUUUUCACCAAAAUUGAUUUGAGAAGUGGCUACCACCAAAUCCGAAUGAGAGAAGGAGAUGAAUGGAAAACAGCCUUCAAAACCAAGUUUGGGCUGUAUGAAUGGUUGGUAAUGCCAUUUGGUUUGACCAAUGCACCUAGCACCUUCAUGAGAUUGAUGAAUCAUGUGCUUAGAACUUUCAUUGGCAAGUUUGUUGUUGUUUACUUUGAUGAUAUCUUAAUUUACAGCAAGUCUCUUGAUGAACAUGUUGAACAUAUAAAAUGUGUGCUUGCUGUUUUGAGGAAGGAAUGCUUGUAUGCUAACCUUGCCAAGUGCACCUUUUGCACCGACAAGGUUGUGUUUCUUGGUUUUGUUGUUUCAGCUCAUGGCGUGGAGGUGGAUGAGGAGAAGAUCAAAGCUGUUCGUGAGUGGAAGCCUCCACAAAAUGUGAGCCAAGUGCGAAGCUUCCUUGGACUUGCUGGCUUCUAUCGUCGGUUUGUGAAAGAUUUCAGUUCUAUUGCUGCCCCAAUCAACGAGUUGACAAAGAAGGACAUUUCAUUCCAAUGGGGGGAAGCACAAGAGAAGGCAUUUGAAGAGCUGAAAAAGAAGUUGACAUCAGCCCCACUCCUUGCACUUCCAGAUUUUGGUAAGACCUUUGAGAUUGAAUGUGAUGCAAGUGGUGUAGGGAUUGGAGGCGUGCUCAUGCAAGAAGGAAGACCCAUUGCAUACUUCAGCGAAAAGCUAAGUGGUCCAACUCUGAAUUAUUCAGUUUAUGAUAAAGAACUUUAUGCUCUUGUGAGGAGUUUGGAAACUUGGCAACACUAUCUAUUGCCCAAAGAAUUUGUGAUACAUUCAGACCAUGAAUCUUUGAAACAUUUAAAGGGCCAAUUAAAACUGAACAAAAGACAUGCUAAAUGGAGUGAAUUCAUUGAGUCUUUUCCUUAUAUUGUCAAAUAUAAGAAAGGAAAGGAAAAUGUUGUUGCAGAUGCUUUAUCUAGACGUCAUGCUUUGCUGUCCCAACUUGAUGUUAAAAUUCUUGGUUUGGAGAACAUAAAAGAUUUGUAUGCUACUGAUUCAUUCUUUGCUGAACCAUUUGCAAAAUGUUGUGAUGGCAAGGGAUGUGAAAAGUUCCAUUUACAUGAUGGAUUUUUGUUUCGAGCUAACAAACUUUGCAUUCCAGAUUGCUCUGUUCGCCUAAUGCUUUUGCAGGAAGCUCAUGCCGGAGGACUUAUGGGCCACUUUGGUGCCAAGAAAACGGAGCAAGUGCUGGCUGAUCAUUUCUUUUGGCCAAAGAUGCGGCGAGAUGUGGAGAGACAUGUUCUUCGCUGCAUAACAUGCCACAAAGCUAAGUCACGCUUGAACCCUCAUGGUUUAUACACCCCUUUGCCUAUUCCUAGUGUUCCAUGGGAAGAUAUUUCUAUGGACUUUGUUCUUGGUUUACCUCGAACAAAGAGGGGGAGGGAUUCAAUCUUUGUUGUAUUUUGUCCAUUCGAGAUUGUCUAUGGUUUCAAACCUACUGCUCCCAUCGAUCUUUUGCCCUUCCCUAUGCAGGAACGUAUGAACUUUGAUGCAAGCAAGCGAGCUAAAUUUGUAAAGAAACUUCAUGAUCGAGCAAGAGAAAACAUAGAGAAGAUGACCAAGCUGUAUGAGCAGCGUGCAAACAAAGGGCGCAAGAAGAUGUUGUUUGAACCAGGAGACUUGGUUUGGGUGCACCUACGCAAGGACCGCUUUCCUGAACAACGCAAGAGCAAGUUGCAGCCCCGAGCCGAUGGUCCAUUCAAAGUGCUUCGCAAGAUCAAUGACAAUGCAUAUGAAAUUGAUCUUCCAAGUACUUAUGGUGUGAGUACAAGUUUCAACGUCGCCGAUCUGUCUCCUUUCUUUGGAUUGGAAGAGUCGAGGACGACUCCUUUUCAAGAGGGGGAGGAUGAUGAGGACAUCCCAGCCAUCCGUAACCCGAGUGCAUCGGUUACGCCGGCUGUGUCACUUACACCAUCGGUUACGCCACAAGUUACACCAAGUCCAACUAAGGUUACACUUCAAGAGACAAGUGCAACACCGGUUACACCAAGCAAAGUCAUGGAUACACGCGCUCAAGCCUAUGAAGGACCCGUUACACGCAGCCGUGCAAAGUUACUCCAACAAGAGGUGCAUACUUUCCUCUCUCGAUUACACCUUGAUAUUGAUGAGAAUUAUAUACUGCCUAAAUCGUGUACUCUUAAGUUACUUAGGUUUACACAAGAGGCGACAAUGUCGGGUUACAUCGAGGACGCUGAGGGUUACGCCAAGAACACCAAGGCGGCUGCUCCCGAGGAGAAUGGGUUACGCGCCAAGACCCAGUGUUACACAGCAACUGCUCCAACUUCCAAGGCAAAACUGUACCAUCUCGGGAAGAGACGGGGGUCAUAA